GCGAAUUCGCUGUUUUUGUUUGUAUGCGUGCGCGUGUGUGUGAGUGUUGGCGUCGAUGUCUCUUUAAAAUUUUUUGGUGCUGUGCAAUUUUGUUGAAUGAAAAUUGAAUUGGGCAGCGAAAAACGCUAGCCCGCUGGCCAAAAUAUCAGCCACCAGCUGCCAGAUUUAACGCGCGAGGAUUCUGCGUGCUCCGGUUUUUUUUUCGUGGGAAAAUCUUGGAAAAAGUAGCGGCCCACAGCAGAGGUAGCAUCGGCAGGAGAGGCAGCAUCGGCAGUGGCAUUUUCCGUUUAACCGGAUCUGCCAAUUAGCAUGGAGCUGUUCGACAUGGUCAAGGCGGCACCGCCACCGCAACGGAUCGGUCUGGCGGAGCGCAAGUCGUCGACUCCGUCCCCCAUACCGCCGGACUCACCGCCGGAGGCGAUAGAACCCGAGGUGGAUCUGCAGAUUGGUGGCACUGGCGCCAAGGAAGCGAAGGAAGACGAAGCUGAUUUAACCAAAAAGGACAUCGAGCCGCCCUCGAAAGCUCCCAAAACUGGCAAGAAAUCGAAGGCGAACGAGGACGACGGCCAGGAGGAGGACAAGUCAGAUGAGGAGCCGGAAACAGUGAAGCAGAAGAAGGUCCCAAGGAAACGCAGCCCAGCCGAUGAUGAUGAUGAAGAGUCCACUGUAUCGCCCACAAAGAAGGCCAAGGGAGAGGGGGAGGGGGUGUCCCUGACCGAGGACAACGAUGACGAGGACGACGAGGAUUCAUGCUCCUUCAAUCCGAUUCCAACCAAAACCAAGGCCCAGCAGAAGAUGUUCAGCGACAGCGACUCGGCCGCCUCCGUGAACUUCGACAAGGAGUGCCAUGUCCGGGUGCGUCGUCUCACUAUCAAGGAGAUAACCAGUGCCGCCCGGUCAGUGUCCACCAUCACGGUGAUCACCAAGAAGCGCGGCCGACCGCGUCGCAGUGAUCAGGGGGAUGGGGCAACCACCGCCACCACCACCACCACCACCACUACCACUCAAAAGAAGAACCGGACUCCGUCGCCGCUUAAGAGGCAAAAGUCCCCGAAAGAGCAAACCCCCAAGAUACACAUUAAAGUUCCUCUGCUGCAGAACGGAUCGAAGAAGCGACCCCUGCAGUCUCUCUCCCGCACCCACACCCCGCCCCCCAGCUCAUUGCCCAAGAAGGUGAAGCUCCAGUCCAAGUGGAAGUCCCCAUCGAGCACCACCAGUCAGGAUUUGAUCGACACCUUCGGCUCCCGAUUCUUUGGUUGUGUUGUGAAGGUGAAGCGGACUCAGUUGCCGGCCCAAUCGCCGCCGAGGACAUAUGGCGGCACUGCCUCCUCCUUCUUGGGCGGCGGUGCCAAGAAGGGGCGACCCCGGAAGUCCAAUCUGUCGGUGUCCUUCAGCGAAGCCGUCGAAAUCCUCGGCAGCAACGAGAGCAAUUCGCGGCGCGCCACCCUCGGUUCCGGUCACAUGCCGUCGCCGAAAACCCCGAAACCAACACGUCUGCAGCGCGUCGAUGACCGGGGCAAUGUCCUGGAGGACAUAGCCCUGAGCUCCACAUCGCUAUUCGCGGCACCGAGCUCGGCGCCACCACUAGGGAAUCGCAACCGAAGGUCCUGCAACGGAUCGCGCCUAAAGAGGCCGAUGCAGCGCCUGCCUCUGGCCGACUUGGCCAGCCUACGGAUAGAUGAUGAUUCCAAAACGGGCGAGGACGAGGAUGCCGAGUACAUAGUUCCCAACGAGCUGCCGGGCGUGCAGCGGUCUGGCACACCACCGGCCAAGAAGAAGAAGAUAUCCUUCACCACCACCGUCAGCGACGACGACGAGGACGAGAAGCCGGUGGUGAAAAGGUCAAAGGACUCCGCCAAGAAGGACUCCACCACCAAAAAGCUCAAAGACAAGAAGUUGGACAAAAAGAAAGACCAUGACAAGGAGAAGAGCCAGCACAAGUCGAAGGAAUCCUCCAAGAAGGACGAAAAGGAUUCGAAAAGCCAGGAAAAAGUCGAGGAAGUUAUCGAUUUGGAUGACAAAGAGGAGGAGAAUCCGGAUGCAGAGGUAUCCGGCAAGGAGGACGACAAAUUAGAAACAAUCAAUGAAGAAAAGAAUGCCAAGGAGAGCUCCAAGGAUAGCUCCAAGGACAGUGAAAAUCUCAAUACAUCACAGGCUCUCAGCGAGAGCCAAAUGCCGGUCCUGGAGGUGAGCCAGGACGUGGCAGAGGAUGCCCAGUCCGGCAAGGAGGAUGAAUUAGAAGAGCAAGUCGAUAAUACCAAACAUGACAAAGAUGCCCACAAGGAGGCCGAGGACAAGGACGAUAAGCAAUUUAAUGAUUUGGCCAGAAGCGAUAACGAUGCCCUGGAAGCACUGACACCCGUUGACGAUAUCCGGGAUCUGGAGACGCCCACCUCCCGGCCCAGUACCCCAGUUAAGGAGGAGACUGCCAAGGAGCAGGUGCAGCGAAUCGCAUCGCCCGAUUCCGAUUGCAGUUUUAAGUCGGCAAGUAAUGAGAAAGUGCCCAGUGGCGAUGCCAGUAGCGUGGUGGAGGCCUUGGAAGCUACACUGGGUGAAGCGCCCAGUGGUGUGGAUGCCAUUAUCCCAACCGAUUUGAUUGAUCCGCCCACAGAUGAGCCCAGUGUGGUGAACGGCAGCGAGUCCACCGAUGCCAACAGCUCCGCCGCCGCCGCCGCUGCUGCCAUUUCUUCUCAGUUCUAUUCCUCCAUCGAACCGAUGCCCACAUUGGAUGACGAGGUGCUCGAUGACUUAGUCGAGCCCGACUUCCAACUAAACUCUAGCCGUCAUGCCAUUUCCAGGGGCGCCUUGGACGACAUCAUGACGGCGUUAGAAUCAUAGGAUUAUUUGGAUCAUCAGUCGCACUUAUAGGUCACUCAUCCACACACAAGGAAUCCAUAAGAUACACCACAGACACAGGCACACAGACACACAGAUACUACUGGGGCAAUAAUGCAAAGGUGAAGAAUAUCUCGAUCGAUUCCGCUCUAAACUCUAAGCAAAAAGUCAUUUAUUUUUUAUUGGAAGAACAUAAUCAUUGCUAAGACACAGCCCCCGAAAUAUAUCAUUUUUUCAUACCUAAUA